ACAUAAGACCUGUCAUAAGAUUUCUUACAGCUGAUAACUAUUGUUAACGCUUGUGGUGCAGAUGGGUUAGAUAAACAAGGCGAAUGAACUACGGAAAGCGAAUGUCUCUUAGUCGGCCGGCAAAUGUCACUGACAGUGACAGUGCGCUGGCAGACGACGAUGAUGACUAUAGAAGUCACAGACGGUCCUCCAUUGCUGGAAAAGAUAAGUUAAACCGUAACUUGAGUGAGAAGAAGCGUCGAGACCAGUUCAAUAUGCUUGUGAAUGAGCUUAGCACGAUGGUGUCCACCACAAACAAGAAAAUGGACAAGUCCACAGUCCUCAAAUCCACCAUCUCCUUUUUGAAAGAACAUCAGGAGUCGACCAAUCAGGCACAGGUGAAUGAAAUCAAGGAAAACUGGAAGCCAUCUUUCCUCACAAACGAUGAAUUCAUGCAUCUUAUGCUUGAGGCCCUGGACAGCUUCAUGUUGGUGUUUACACAGCAAGGAAUCAUCAUGUACACAUCCGAUAGUGUUGCUUCCCUUCUUGGACAUCUACCGACUGACCUGAUGAACCAGAGUAUAUAUGACUUCAUCAACAAGGCAGAGUCUUCGAGCAUACACAACAUCCUCUACAACUACAGGGCUGCUCUCACCACCGACUAUGAAAGAGAUGACAGUCCUGUGUGCUUUGAGUGUAAUUUCCUGCGUGGGUCCAUGGAUCCAAGGAAACAAGCGCAAUAUGAGAAGGUCACCGUUCGUGGUGGCUUCCGUCGCAUCGUGGCUGGCUCAGAUGACGAUUGUCAGAUCCCCGAGGGGUUGGGUGGUGGGGGUCAGAUGUAUUUUCUGUGUACCGUCCGGCUACAGAACUCCCAGCUGGUCAGGGAGAUGUCCAUUGUCGAUGAAAACAAGGAGUUCUCCUCACGACAUAGUCUCGAGUGGAAAUUCCUCUUCCUCGAUCACAGAGCACCCCCUAUAAUAGGAUACCUGCCGUUUGAAGUGCUGGGCACUUCAGGGUACGACUACUACCACCCAGACGAUCUGGAUGGGGUCACUAUCAGCCAUGAACAGUUGAUGAAGACAGGGGAGGGUACAUCAUGUUACUACCGCUUCUUGACAAAAGGUCAGCAAUGGAUCUGGCUGAGGUCACGCUACUUCAUCGUUUACCACCAGUGGAACUCUAAACCGGAGUUUAUCAACUGUACCAACACUGUCGUCAGCUAUGCAGAUGUGCGUUCCCAGCGUCAGCAAGAGAUGGGCCUGGGCGAGGAGGUCCAAUCCCGUACAAAUAUCGAGCCCAAGCCCCAACUCAUCUCACGCUGUAGCUCUGUUGGAUCUAAUUCCAACAAUCUGCCAGACUCUAAUGUUGGUGUAAGUUCCGGCUAUGAUGACACUGGUCGAGACAAGCUUGGUGCCAUGCAGUCUCCAACAUCAGGUACCCCUGUCCGGUCCAACACUGUAUCCCAGCAGCUGCAGAAAUUCCUACAGCGACACUUGAAGAAACAGCAGCAGCAACAACAGCAGCAGCAGGAGGCAGUAGCGACCCCGCCUCCCUCCUCCACCAACACCACGUUCUCCAGUCAACAGCUUCACCGCCUGUUGUAUAACAAGCAGAACCAGGGGCGCCCGGAAGAACACCAUCAGACCUGGAUUCUUCCCCGUCCCCCACAGAUGCCUGAACACUUGCCAAGACAACAGAUGCCACAGGCGUCUAUGAUGGGUUUACUGAACAGCCCAGCCAGUGGUCCCAGUCUCAUGUCACCUCUGGACAUGCUACCGACAAACAUGUACAUGACACCCGUACAGAAACAGCUACACGAGCAGCUCCAGCGAAAGGCAAACCAAGUGCAGUCGAUGAUCUUCAAACAGCAGGAAGAACUGAAGCAGAUACACCAGCAGCUUCUUUUUACACAGGCACCUUACCCUGGCAAUAGCGCUGACCAGCUGUGCAUGAUGGGACUGGACAAUGUGCAGGGUAUGGGUGUGGCUGGGGGUCCAGGAUGUCAGAUGGUGACCAGCUCCGCCAGCCAGGGGCCCCAGGGUGGGGACCAACAGGGUUCCAUGGUGAACAUUCCCCACAUAAUUGUGAAUCAGUCAGUGAACCCGUCUGUGAACCAGUCUGCUCCUGUUCGCCCCUACACCAUGAUGAGAGACCCCGGGGACAUGUAUCUGUCCCUUCCCUCACAGGAAAACACUGGAGAUCAGCUCAAUACGAGCCAGCAACAGUGACUCACAUACAUGUAGCUGCCAUAAUGUUUUCUUGUACAUGUACAAAAGUCAUUUAGGCUUUAAAACAUGUAUACUCUCAACAAUGGUUUGGACGGACUGCCAUAUAUCUGACUGUAGGGUCGUUAGAGCCAGUGUUAACCUAACUUAUCCGGUGUGUAAUCUGACAAUACUGGGAUCUCAUAUUUUACCAGAAUUAUGGUCAGCAUGUGUCAUUUGUACCUGAUGUUGAAUGUCAAAAAGAUAGUGUAUGUGAAGCAGUUUCAUGGUUAGUGCUGUUUUGUCAAUGUUGAAGAGGUUGAUUACUCUGCAGCGCAGUUAAGGUUCAAUCUCAUAUUUUUGUAGACUGAUGAAGUGUAUUUUCCAUUCGGUGUAUAGCUAGCAUAAAUAAAAUAGAUGUGUAUUUUUCUAUUAUUAUGUCUUACAUGUUUCAUGUUUAAGCUGUAGCUUGUACAUAUGUUUGUUACAAAAAACAUGAAUCGCAGAACAUUUCACUGUAACAAUAUCAGAUCACUUAAAUUUCAUACAUAUAUUCUUGAAGCCAAACACAGAUGCCAAUGACCGAGUGGUUAGUGUAUAAGAGUCAGGAUAAGAGGUUCCGCAAUUCAAUCCCCACUCUGACCUUUGUUAGUGGGUAGUGAUAGUUAGUUCAAUCCCCAAUUGGAUCUUUGUUAAUAAGUAUAGAUAGUUAGUUCAAUCCCCAGUCGUAUCUUUGUUAAUGAGAAGUGAUAGUUAGUUCAAUCCCCAAUUGGAUCUUUGUUAAUGAGUUGUGAUAGUCAGUUCAAUCCCCAAUUGGAUCUUUGUUAAUGAGUAGUGAUAAUUCAGUCCCCACUCAGAUCUUUGUUAAUGAGUAGUGAUAGUCAGUUCAAUUCUGACUCGGAUCUUUGUUAAUGAGUAGUGAUAGUCAGUUCAAUACCCAAUUGGAUCUUUGUUAAUGAGUGGUGAUAGUCAGUUCAGUCCCCAGUCAGAUCUUUGUUAAUGAGUAGUGAUAGUCAGUUCAGUCCCCAGUCAGAUCUUUGUUAAUGAGUUGUGAUAGUCAGUUUAAUCCCCAAAUAAAUCUUUGUUAAUAAGUAGUGAUAGUCAGUUCAAUCCCCAAUUGGAUCUUUGUUAAUGAGUAGUGAUAGUCAGUUCAGUCCCCAGUCAGAUCUUUGUUAAUGAGUAGUGAUAGUCAGUUCAAUCCCCAAUUGGAUCUUUGUUAAUGAGUAGUGAUAGUCAGUUCAGUCCCCAGUCAGAUCUUUGUUAAUGAGUUGUGAUAGUCAGUUCAAUCCCAAAUUGAUCUAUGUUAAUGAGUAGUGAUAGUCAGUUCAAUCCCCACUCGGAUCUUUGUUUAUUAGUAGUGAUAGUUAGUUCAAUACUCGGAUCUUUAGUAAUGAGUAGUGAAAGUGAUCACUCAGGAAUGGUAAAAUACCAUAUAAUGACAUGUAGGUAGUGAUUUUUAAACUGUACAUGAUAUGUUUGUUGUGAUAAAAGCUCUUUUGAGCUAAUACCAUGUUUUUCAUUGCGAUGUUAACAAUCUGACAUAUCCCCUUCACAGAUCAAUAUUUUCAAGCUCUUGUUUAACAAAAAAAAACAGAGCUUAAUACAUUUCAAAUAUACAAACAUAAAAAACAGCAGACAGUUCAAACACAAACUGACAAAGUAAAUAUAGUUCCAUCAAACCAAUGUGGCAACAAACAAUAUCACUUUUAGCCGGCAAUUUUACUUUGAUUCUGAAACAUUUGUAACAUCAGUUUUUGAUUCAACUCCACUUCUGAGCAGCAUUUUGUUAUCUAGCCUUGAUCAUGCCUAGCAUAAAAGAAAAGCUUAAGGCACAUAAAUGUACCCUGUUGCAUUUCACAACUUCACAAGUAAUUCCCAACACAGCUGCAGCUAUUAAUGAAUUGGUAUCACAAAUCUUCAUUGAUGAAGGGCAAGCUCAAAAUUUCACUUUUCAUAACAUUUAAGUAUUAAAUCCAUAGAUUUUCUUGAUCAUGGCUGUUUAAGUAUUUUAUUUGCUUGGAUAGUCAGUGAAUAUUGUUCAUUAUUGUGUAUCUAUUUUAUUAAAAACUAAAUGCCAUCACUGUGCCUAAAUUUUCUUUCAUAACAAAAAUACUUAUAUGAAUAUUCACAUGUAAAUAUGGUCUUACAUUCCAUUUUCAGAAUAAGUUGGAAACAUAUUUAUUUCGCUGUUUUUUUCUUCUGUUUUUUUAAAGCAGCUUUUUUUAUUUAUCAAAAUGAUUGUAUUCUGUUUAGCAAGAUUUUUCAUUGAAUCCUUGAAUGUUAUAGAUUGGUGAAAAGCUGUGGGGCACGCGGGUUGGGUUGGCGUUAGGUAUCCUUAACCAUCUAGCAUUUAAGUUUUUUUUCGGUGUCAUAAAUACAACAAUUUUACUAGGACAAAUAUUAAGACAAAGUUUCUUAUUCCUUUCACAUAUUCAUCAGUGUUUAUCCAGUCUUCAUGAAACUCAAUCAGAAUAUUUCUCAGCAUGAUAAUAGGACAAAAGUGAAUUAGGGUCAUCUUGGGUAAAAAAACUAGGUCAUUAGGUGAAAUCAAGAAAAUAAUUUCAUUCAUAAUUUCCACAGUGAUUGUCCAAUCUUUUUGGAAGUCGGUCAGAAUAUUUGUGUAUUUGUCAAUAUGAUAUUUAAGAUUUGUUUGAAUAUGGGUCAUCUCUGACUAAAAUCUAAGUUAUUGGGUCAAAUAUCAAGCAAACUUUGUCGUUGAAAUUUCUUAUUCCUUUCAUAAAUUCUACAGAAUUUAUCCAAUCUUUUUAAGAAUCUCAGUCAAAAUAUCUCUCAGCAUGAUAUUUUGGAUCAGUAUAAAUAUGGGUCAUCUCCGGUCAAAAACUAGGUUUGACCAGUGUGAAUGCUGGUCAUCUCGGGUUGAAAACUGGGAUUGACCAGUGUGAAUAUGGGUCAUCUCAGGUUGAAAACUGGGUUUGACCACUGUGAAUAUUGGUCAUCUUGGGUUGAAAACUGGGUUUGACCAGUGUGAAUAUGGGUCAUCUCAGGUUGAAAACUGGGUUUGACUACUGUAAAUAUGGGUCAUCUCAGGUUGAAAACUGGGUUUGACCAGUGUGAAUAUGGGUCAUCUCAGGUUGAAAACUGGGUUUGACCACUGUGAAUACGGGUCAUCUCGGGUUGAAAACUGGGUUUGACCAGUGUGAAUACGGGUCAUUUCGGGUUCAAAACUGGACUUGAUCAGUGUGAAUACAGGUCAUCUUGGGUUGAACACUGGGUCAAACCAGUGUGAAUACAAGUCACCAUUCAAAAACUGGAUCAAACCAGUGUGAAUACGGGUCAUCUCUGGUCGAAAACUGGGUCAGACCAGUGUGAAUAUGAGUUGGCAGCAUUUACUUUUGCCUCUAUUAAAAUGCAUCCUGCUGCAAAAUCACAUUUGUUAAAAUGAAAAAUCUGGCUUUACUAACCCUUUGUUUGUCCAGUAAUAGAUAAUAAAAUAUAAAUAUAUGAAAUAUAAAUAUAUAAGGGACAAACAUAGGAGUGUUUUCCAUGAAUCAAAGAGGAAAUAUCAUGUAUUCCUAUUAUAAUUUAAAUUGGAAAUUUACUACCUCAUUCAAAUAUUUUUUUAUAAAAAAAAAAAAAGAUUAAUAAAUGGACUCGCUGGAAUAUCACCACUUAAGCAAUAAUAUUUUCCAAGCUUAAAUUGCUUACAUUCAUGCAAAGUGAUAUUUUUAUAUUACAUGUGUGUAGUUUUCUCAAAGAAAAAUAUGUGUUGGUUACAUUUAACCAGAAACAAGGUACCAGUAUAUCAUGUGAUAGAUAAAUGUACUCAAAUAUUUAACAUCUUGUAUAUAUUUCAUGUUAGUUAUGAUAUUAUUGUCUGAUUUCAUACCAUUGUGUUAUAUUUCAAUACACAUACUAACGAGCAUGAAAUGUAUAUUUUGUAAUUAAAAUACAUGUGUGUAUGUGUGUGCACAUAUAUUCACUUUCUAUUUACAAAAUAAGCACCAACAGAUAAAAUAGUGCAUUGCCUUUUUAUUGUAUGUCUGUUUUAUUCCUACAAACCAAGCUUUCCCGGUUUCUAUUAGAACUGUUGUUGAGUUUCCCAUUAAGCUCAUUCCCAUCAUUUCUUAACAUUCCAAAUUGUUCAAAAUAAUUUCCAUGUAUUGUUCUCACUUGACUGUCUGUAUCAUCAUUUCCAUGUAUUAUUCUCACAGGGCUGUCUGUAUCAUCAUUUCAGUGUAUUUUUCUCACUCGGUUGUUAGUAUCAUCAUUUCAGUGUAUUAUUCUCACUUGGUUGUUUGUAUCAUCAUUUCAGUGUAUUUUUCUCACUUGGUUAUCUGUAUUAUAAUUUCCAUGUAUUUUUCUCACAAGCUUGUCUGAAGAGUAUUAUUCUCACUUGACUGUCUGUAUCAUCAUUUCAGUGUAUUAUUCUCACUUUGUUGUCUGUAUCAUCAUUUCAGUGUAUUAUUCUCAUUUGACUGUCUGUAUCAUCAUUUCAGUGUAUUAUUCUCACUUUGUUGUCUGUAUCAUCAUAUCAGUGUAUUAUUCUCACAGGCUUAUCUGUAUCACCAUUGAAGUGUAUUAUUCUCACUUGGCUGUCUGUAUCAUCAUUUCAGUUCAUUAUUCUCACUUUGUUGUCUGUAUUAUCAUUGAAGUGUAUUAUUCUCACAGGCUUAUCUGUAUCAUCAUUGAAGUGUAUUAUUCUCACUUGGCAGUCUGUAUCAUCACUUAAGUGUAUUUUUCUCACUUGGUUGUCUGUAUCAUCAUUUAAGUGUAUUAUUCUCACUUGGCUGACUUGGUUGUCUGUGCCAUCAUUUCCAUGUAUAAUUCUCACUUGUUUUUUCCGUAUCAUCAUUUAAGUGUAUUAUUUUCACUUGUUUUUUUUUCCGUAUCAUCAUUUCCAUGUUUUUAUUUUUCUUGGUUGUCUGUAUCACCAUCAAGAUAUUGCAUAAGGCAUUUGUUCAAAAAGUUGUGAUUUCAUUGGCAGGACUUUAUUUUGUUUUGAUAGCUGGAUUUAGCUAUAUCUAUUAACAAAUUAUUUUCACUACGCACAAAAGAAUUUCAGCAAAAAAACAACAUUUUAACUUUAUUUUGUUUAACUGAUAGGGAGAAAACGCAUCUACCAUAGCCGCUUGUGUAAGAUAGGUUCAUCCCAACCCUCGUCAGAGUGUUCUAUGGAAACUCAGUAAACCUCGUUUCCGCAAAACAUCCUAUGCUCGGGUUGGGAUCUUACACUCUCUGCCACGGAAGAUACUUAUAAUCUUUUUUAUUCAGUGUCAUAAAAAUAUUGAUUGACCAACAACACCGUGAAUAAUAUCUUGGUGGGUAAUGUGAAUAAUAUCUUGGUGGGAUUAAAGGACACGGGAAUUGCCUAGGUAUAUGGAUUACACAAUUGUGUUUGUUAUACAUUGUUUCAUGGUUGCCCUCAGUACAUCAUAUUGUUAAUAAUUAAUAUAGUUUAUUGUGUGUCUUAUUACAAUGUUGUUACGUCUGUUGUUUAUGGAUAGUAUUUGUAUAUAAAAAAAUAAUAAUUUAAGAGAAAUAAAUUGUUGUUGAUUGAA